AUGGCGUCAACAUUCGACCUCACUACGGACGAGUUUCUCACUUGUGAGAUCCAUUCCGAGAGCACCCUCCCACUUCUGAGUUAUUUCAUCGCUUGCAAGAAGCAUAAUCAGAAUGGCUCCAGAACCCUCUUUCAGAAAGUCAAGUCGGAAAUUGGAGACGCGGACCGUCCCAUUCCCGAUGAGUCUGAGCAGCUGCAGGAUGUUCUGUUAGCUCUAAUGAAAGAUGGUCCUGGCAAACCUGGGGAGAAGAUACCUGGCCGUCCAACAGUCACUAUUGUCGGCGCUGGUGUCUCUGGGCUUUGUGCUGGCUAUGAGCUCAAGAAAGCUGGGUUCAAUGUCACCAUUCUUGAGGCUUCUUCACGAGUCGGCGGGCGAGUCAAGACUUUCAGAGAACCGACCUUCGCCCAUGGCCUUCACGGUGAGGGCGGUGCCAUGCGCAUUCCAGCCAAUCACUACUUGCUACACAAGUACAUUGAAGACUUUGGUUUAAAGCCUCAACUGUUCGACUUUGAGAUGAAGAACAAGUUCAUUUACAUUUCCGGCUACGGCGAAACACUCACAUACGAUCGCUUCAAUGAGCUCCUUCAAGAAAAGGACGCGAAGCUGCUUUCUCUCUUCCCUGGUCUUCGGGACUGCGAGAAAGGCAAGACAUGCGACAAGCUGUUCACAGAAGCUGUUGGGAAAGUUGUGGAUGACUUUUGGGAAGCCUAUGAAAAAGCCACAGACGAGGUCUCGUUUCCCGAGAAGAUCCAGGUCAAAGCUAUCAAGGAUGCAUAUGCUGCGAUCACCGAGAAGUAUGAUAGCUACACGCUACGAUCUUACUUGACUGAUGUUGCGGGGUGGACUGAAGAUGCUAUCAAUCUCUAUGAUCUUGGCAACGCUCAUGUCGUCUUUGACAAUGGGUUCAUUGAAUCGUUCAAAGAUGCGUUUUUGUCGAGCAACAAAGGUGGCGAACAGGCGGGCAUGAAACAGCUUCAAGAAGGAAUGGAUGCUGUGCCCAAUGCAUUCGUCUCUAGUAAAAGAGGAGAAAACUCGUUAGUUGAUGAUAUCAUCUACGGUGCUCGAGUUACUGAGAUUGGUAUCCAUGAGCAAUCGGACCCCCAGAUCCCGGUCCAGGCCCCGGUAAAGGUGACCUACGAAGUCACAGCCAACAGCCUGAGAAAGUCUAUCACCUCCGACUAUCUCAUCCUCGCCAUUCCGUACACGGCGCAGCGAACGAUCGCCAAGUCAAAGCCCUUCGUUCCCAUGCAGGAGAUGGCAGUUCGAGACGUUCGCUACGUGGAAGUAACCAAGAUUCUCCUCCAGUACAAGAAGAGAUGGUGGGAGGAAGUCUUCACUAAGGAGGGUCAAGGCCUAGACGGUGGUCUCGUCAGCGAUCUUCCCAUCCGCUACACCAUGUUUCCCAAGACAGAAGACAACAGCCAGUUCAAAGACUCCAACCGUGGUGUCAUCAUGGCAGCCUACACCUUCGAACAAGACGCCACCAUUCUCGGAUCCCUCUCCCCAGAACGGCGAAUUCAGAUUGCCGCUGAGAACCUGAACAGAAUCUUUCCUGGCGCCAAGUCACUUGAUCUUCUCGAAGCUGGAGCCUCGCAAGUCUUCCCAGCUGAUGAACUAGCUGGUGGAAGUGCCUUCUGCUACUUUGGUCCAAUGCAGAAGACCAAGUUCUUGGAUACCAUGCAGAAGCCUGAUUGGGAGAACAGGGUCUUCUUUGCGGGUGAGCAGGCUAGCUUUACUCAUGGGUGGAUCCAGGGUGCUUUUGAAGCCGGGCUUCGAUGUGUCCAGCAGAUUUGGUCUGUUGCAGUUGAAGGCAAGGCACAGUAA